AGAAAAAUGGUACUUAUUUUAUGAAAACAUGAGAGAAUAAAAAUGUCCAAAAGUGUUUACUCUGUCACUAAGGUCUCUGAGCACUUCCGGUCCCACAAUUCUUACUACUUCCUUUUUAGCGCCAUCUUGAAAAUCCCAACCAAGUGGCAGUAUCAUGUCAGAAGAAACCGUUGUCGUGAAGGGAACCAGCGUGAAAAUACAUCUCUCCUCAAGAUAGAUGGUGUGUCACGCAAAGAUGACACAGAAUUCUACCUGGGCAAAAGAUGCGCAUAUGUUUACAAAGCCAAAAAUAAGACUGCCACCCCAGGCAAAGAUAAGGCCAAUAAAAUUAGAGUGAUCUGGGGCAAAAUCACACGUUCCCAUGGAAACAGCGGUGCAGUUAGAGCAAAGUUCAGGAAAAAUCUUCCAGCUAAAGCUAUGGGCAGAAGAAUCAGAGUUAUGCUGUACCCCUCAAGAUAUGUAAAGAUGAUUUGGUUCUGGUGUAUGUGUAUAUUGCAAUUGAUAACUGCUGCAUCAGCCCAGGAGAAACUCAUCAGAGUGAAUGUACCCGACUCCUCGUUAUGUACAUCCGGGUACUUUUGGUCAGCUGACCUUGGAGACAAUGAUUGCACAUAUCACCAAUGUGUCGAUGGUCAUGUGAAAUUGAAUAAUUUUGUGGCCGUUCAGCGUAGAUGUGAGAACCCUUUGGUCUGGAAUCGUACAAGGAACGUUUGUGAUUUUGCCAGCAAUGUAGCAGGAAGUGAUCCAAGUUGCCAUGGUGAGUUGCCUUCAGCCCCUGAAAAUGAUUCCUGUGGUACGUUUGACACUGCUAGACAGUGUUGCUAUGGUAACAUAGUGUAUGAACAACUUAGCCCAACUACAUACAGACUCCUUCUUGAUGAUAGACCUAGCACGUCAGUUAGAUACACUGAAGUAAUAUCUUGUCCUGGCAACAGAAAGUUUGAUUUAACUGAAUGUUUUUGCCUGGAGGAUCCUGAAUCAGAUGCAGUUAAAACUCCCGGUUGUCUUUACUGGUCCUUUUCCGACUGGAAUGACGCUAACUAUGAUGUCCCGAUAUACCCCGGGAGAAGCAAGAUCCUCAAAGGAGGACCCAGAGGCCCCGAUGAUCAUGUCGGCAAGUUUGUUCGUGAACCCUCACCCGCUAAGUUACCCAUCUUUAUACAUAAUUGGUAUGGACAAAAUUUCACGUUAGCUUUCUUGUUGGUUAAUGGUACCGAUAUCGAUGGUGUAAUUACGAAUGGUAACGAGGAUGUUGGAGGAAACAUACAGCCAACAUUUGAGCUAAGAUGCAGGAGUGAUACGGUCACAGUGAUAUUACGUAACAUAGCCAACAAUGUCACUGUCGUGGCAACGGGAGAGAAAGGUGCUUCAGGACACGUGAUUAUAAAACUCUCACCAGAGGGCCUUCAAGUAAACAAAGAUGGCGCUGUCACGGCCAUACCCAAGGAAUUUGUGUUCGAAGGAACUGAUUCCCCCUUAGUCUUCAACGUAAAUGCAAACCUUGCCCAUCUGGCGAUUUGUGAUUUCGCUUGGACGCCCAGUGAAAUGGAUAUUUACGUUGACAAUAUUGGAGAAACACCUACAAGAGGCAACUAACAUUGUGUGACAUGAUUGGGUCUACUUUGAAAACUGGAAAUGAAAA